AUGCCUCUUACAAUGUCCGACAUCGAGUCUAUUCGCGCUCAAUCAGCGCCCCUCCCCUCCACCGUCGCUCCGUAUACAUGCUCCGACUUUUUCAAAUCACCUCACAACAAGAACAAACCACCGUCAAAGCCAAUAAAUCAUCAUUUCAGCAUUGAAAGCAGUGGAUUCACCGGUUCUGCCCUGAAAAAGCUAGGCAACUCGCUCGGUGGCCGUAAAGUCAUUUCCCUCGCCACCGGAAGGCCAACGGCAGAUUAUUAUCCAUGGGAGUCGGUCACGUUCGAGGGCAGUUCUCUCGGUCUACAACAGACUUCAAAUGGUAUUGAGGCAGCUGUACAGACUGUCCGAAAGUACGGAGAUGUUUAUACUCUUUCGACUGCGUUGAACUAUGGACAUGGGGCUGGAUGUCCCUCUCUUGUCCGGUUCCUGACUGAGCAUGUCGAGAUGGUGCAUGAUCCCCCAUAUGCGGAUUGGGAAGUGUGUCUAUCUUCUGGAUCAACGGCUGCGUUUGAGAUUGCGUUGCGUAUUUUCUGCAAUCGAGGGGACAUCGUUCUGGCUGAGAAGCAGACCUAUCCCGGGUCGAUUGAAGCAGCGGGACUAGUUGGUGUGCAGUUUGAAGGAUUGAAAAUGGAUGCAGAAGGGCUCAUGGCAGACGCUUUACAGUCCGCAUUGACCGAGUGGGAUGCAUCGCGAGGACCCAAACCAAGAGUGUUGUAUACCAUUCCCACCGGCCACAAUCCAACUGGCGCCACUCAGUCGACGGAAAGACGACAGCAAAUCUACGGGAUUGCGGAAGAGCACGAUCUGAUCAUCAUCGAGGACGAUCCGUAUUACUUUCUCCGAAUGGGAUCAUACCAUCCAGGGCAAGAAGCAUCGAUCGAGAGCUCCGGCAAUCUCCCCUCGUAUGUCUCACUCGAUCGAUCUGGCCGUGUUGUCCGUCUUGAUUCGACGUCCAAGCUGCUCGCUCCCGGUCUCCGUGCUGGCUGGGUGACUGCCAGUGCGCAGAUCAUUAACAAGUUCAUUUCAUACCACGAAGUGACCACCGGGGCAGUGAGUGGUCCGUCACAGCUGAUGCUCUGGACGUUACUCGAGCAGAGCUGGGGUCAUCGGGGAUUUGGUUCGUGGCUGGAUCAUUUAUCCUCGGAGUAUCGGUGUCGACGAGAUAUUAUGCUGUCUGCCUGUGGCGAAUAUCUGCCAGAAGUUUGCGAUUGGGUGCCACCGGAAUAUGGCAUGUUUGUGUGGAUUCGUCUGGACUGGAAGAAGCAUCCGUUGUUCAGAGGAAUGGAGAUCGAAGAGAGUGACAUUUUACUGGCUGGGAUCGCCGAGAGAAUCAACUUGAAUGCAAUCGCGAAUGGAGUCCAAGUCACUAAAGGGUUUCUGUUUUCGCCCAACAUGAAGCCGAACGGAGAACUGCAGUUUCGGAUGACUUUUGCUGCUGCUGCUCGGACUGAGUUGGAAGAGGGAGUGAGGAUCUUUGGGGAUGUGGUCCGGAAGGAGUUCAGUUGA